GGAGGACAUACGCAGGCGCGCGCUAGCGAAGGAGGCGCUGCUAACAGACGUCGCUCUCGGCGUCGUGCGUGUGACGUCCGCCGCCGAGGGGGUACGUGGCAGUGACGUCGACGGCCCGCCCUCCUUUCGGCUUGUUUGGUCGUUCGAUCCGGAGGCCGGUGUUCGGAACUGAGGAGGGAGGCAGCGCCUAGAGCUGGGUCCGGGUCCGCGAAGCCGGUGAGUCGGGGGUCCGCCUCUCAUAUAUGCCUCAGGCUUCGCCGUCGCCCCCCCCCGCUACUCUUGCCGAGCGCGGUGCUCCUCCGUAAAAGUUCCCCCACCCGGUGUGGUCCCCCCUCCCGCUUCAAAGAGUUCCCCCCUUUUUCAGGGACAGCGGCCGGAGCCCUUUCCCCCUUUGUGUGUCCCCGUGAAAUGUUUCCCCCUUCCCCACAGAUUGUGGUCUCCAAUCCCUUCUCUUUCGUGUCCUGCUCCAAAUCCCUCCCCCAGCCUAUUGGUCCAAGUCCUUCCUCUCGUGUGUCUUCACCCUCCCCUUUCUGACAGGAACGAAAGCUUUCCCCCCUCCUCCUUUCCUGGGUAUCAUUACGAAUUGAGGUCUCUCUCUCCCCCACCCCCCCCCUUCCAACUCUCCACUUUCCUCUUCCACAGAUACUGGUUGAAAACAUUUCCCUUCUUUCAACCUCACCCGGAUAGCUCAGUCGGUAGCAGAACAUGAGACUCUUAAUAUUAGGGGCGUGUGGGUUCGAGCCCCAUGUAGGGCAAUUUCUGCAUUCCAGGGGGUUGGACUAGAUGACCCCCGUAGUCCCUUCCAACUCUACAAUUCCAUGAUUCUAUGUAUGUGGCAGCCCCUCAAGAAAGGGCCAUAGCUCAGUGGUGGACCGUGAGGACUAGAAUCUUAAUUUGAGGGGAAGGGCCGUAGCUCGGUGGUUGAGCAUCUGCUUUGCAUCCAGAAGGUCCCAGUUCCCAGCAUCUCCAGGUUGGGCUGGGAGAGAGCACUUGUGUGAAACUUUGGACACCCACUGACUGUCAGUGUAAACAAUACUGAGUUUGGUAGGGCUGGCUCUGUAGAAGGCAUAAGAACAUUCUGCUGGAUCAGGCUACUGGUCCAUCUAGUCCAGCAUCCUGUUCUCAUGGUGGCUUAACGGAUGUCUCUAGGAAGUCCACAAGAACAAUUUGAGUGCACAGCACUCUCCCUUGCUGUGUUUUCCAGCAACUGAUAUUCAGAAUAAACCUGCCUCCAACUGGAGGUAGAACAUAGCCAUUAUGCCUGGUAAAUAUUGAUAGCCUUAUUAGCCAUGAAUUUGUCUAAUCCUCUUCUAAAGCCAUCCAACUUGGUGGCCAUCCCUGCCUCUUGUGGGAGCGAAUUUCAUAGUUUAACCGUGCACUGCAGAAAGAAAUACGUUCUUUUGCCUGUCCUGAAUCUUUUAACAUCCGGCUUCCUUGACUAUUUUCUAAUUCUAGUGUUAUGAGAGACGCAGCUUCCUAUGUUACUUUGUGUUUUACUUUCUGUUUUGGCUUAGCUUCAUCUAUGUUUUCAGAAGCAUCCCAAGCAGCCCGCAGUUUCCCUCGCUCUGACAAGCAACCCAUGUUGUCCCUUUCUGAGGGUGAUGGGGGAACCCCACUCUCCUUCCUGCCACCCUUACCCUACAAAUUAAUUGAGCUUUGGAGGGUGCAGUGCAACUACAGUAGUGCUUCUGGCUUUAAGAAAGGAAAGGAGGGUUGGAGCUGGUUAUCUGGCUAAGGGGUGGCCAAGGCUGUACUGCCGAGGGUCCAAAUAUACCCCAGACUUUCCCCGCUUUACUGGAGAGGGGAAGGCUGGAGAUGGAUAUUGGGAGACCCUGAGCUGAUGCUGUUCACAGUUUGAUGCUGAAGGGGUCUGAGUCCCACACUUGCACUGGGGUUUCCGAGCCCCUCUGAACCCCCAACACUACCGUAGGGGCCCUGCCUUCCUUCCUCUCAGUCCUGUAUGCCCUUCCCUGGGUGUAAGCCCCAUUGAAUACAGUGAGGCUUAUUUUCAGGUAAGAUUGAUUGAAGGAGAGGUACAGAAUCCCUGUGUUCCAAGGCUGGAUGUAAUUUGUUGGAUUCCUGGAUAGACUGUGUUUGAACAGGAAGUUACUUUUUGACAGUUAGUAGAUCUCUUCCUCUUCCACAACCCUUUCUAAUGCUUUCUUUUAAAGCUGUCCUAGCUAGUAGGCACUUCACCAAAACUUCAGGCAUUAAGUUUGAUAAGUUUUUAAAAUACUGAUUUUAUACAUAUUUGUCAUAGGAUAAACAAACAUACUGCAUUCAGGAAAAAAGUCAAAACAAAUAACUAUAGGUAUGCAAAGGUUUCCGAUUUGUUGGUCUUUUUAGGGUAUCCACUUUUAGUGGCGCAAGUUUUACUAGCUGCCCAUAUCCACAGUGCAAGUUUGAUUAAGUUAAUUGUUCAUUGUACUGCAUGAAAUAGCAUGCCUGUUCCAAACCUGCUGACUCUGAGAAGGGGAAACAGUUUCUCUUUCUCCACUCUUUGUUAGACAAUUUGUAAUAAUAGAAGUUGCUGUAAUAUUUCCUCCCCUCUCCCAGACAGUUUUUUUUCUAUAAAAAAGAAAGCCCCACUUGACUUCUCUUUUCCUUAUAGGAAAAGUGCUCCAGCCCUUUGAUAAAUGUAGUCAUUCUUUUCUGCACCUUUUCCUGUUCACUUAUAUUGUUUCUGCACAGUAUUUCAAAUGCAGCUGCAUUGUAUAUUUAUGUUAAGCAGGGUCAGGGGAUUCCAGCUCCCAUCAGCCCCAGCCAAUAUGUCCACAAUUAGUUUAUUCCUGCCGAUUGGAUACCACUCACUCUGGUAUCUUUGAAGGUUAACGGUGAUCUAAAAGUGCUUCUUAUAAAUAUAGUGAAUGAUAAAGCGUAUGCUACAAUAAAUCUGUCUCCUUAUAUCGCCACAAAACUCUUUGUUAUUUGUGCCAGCAAGGUGGUGGUUUGGAAGACUGAUAAUCUUCUGUUAUUGCUAAGCGAUUCAGAACUUGUGGGGAGAGUAGAUGUUAGUUCAGGGGUAGGCAACCUAAGGCCCGUGGGCCGGAUGCGGUCCAAUCGCCUUCUCAAUCCAGCCCACGGAUGACCCAGGAAUCAGUGUGUUUUUACAUGAGUAGAAUGUGUCCUUUUAUUUAAAAUGCAUCUUUGGAUUAUUUGUGGGGCAUAGGAAUUCAUUCAAUCCCCCCCCCAAAAAAUAUAUAUAGUCCAGCCCACCACAUGGUCUGAGGGACGGUGGACCGGCCCACAGCUGAAAAAGGUUGCUGACCCCUGUGUUAGUUCAUACAACCACAAAGCAGCCAGAUUCUCACUUGCCCAAUUGGUAUCACUACUUGGGCCUUUGUGAAAUCUAAAUUUCCUCCCACUGAAUUAGGAGUGGUAGUUUUUCGAAUCCAAAAGGAAAGCAGUGGAACUUAGGAAUCUCUUGGAUUCGUACUGAGCACUGUGGGGGAAGAAGCCGUUGCUAGUAGUUUAGAGCAGUUUGUCCUAGGGCACUGGGUGCCUUCGUUUGUUUUUCAGCUUAGUUCUGGUGGUGAUCAGAGUUAACAUAAAAACACAGAAGGAGCCUGGCUGCUGGCUCAGACCAAAUGACCUGUCUUGUCCAGCAUGUGGCCACUCAGAUGCCCCAGUGGGAAGCCUACAAACGGGACCUGCAUGAAACAGAACUCUCCCCGUCGAUGGUUUCUAGAAACUAGUAUUUAGACACUUAUUGCUUCUGACAGUGGAGAUAGUAGCCAUUGACAGUGGGUUAGUAGCCAUUGGUAGCCUUAUCCUGGUAGCGAGGGUGUGUAUGUGUUGGGAGCCAAGUGGCAGGACAAAGUGGUCUGCUUCAGGAGUGGUGGGGAUUGGUGUCUGAACAGUGCAGCAAAUACUUUUUGUGUUGGCCCUACUGGAGUGGUUGUGGUGCCAUUUAGGCUCUGCUUCAGACAGGAAGAUGUUUUGUUUUUUGUUUGUUUGUUUGUUUUUUAAAUGAUAUUUAUUAAAAGUUUAAGAAUUACAGGAGAAAAAAAAGAAAUACAAUAAAGUAGCAAAAAAUACCAAUAACAAAACACAUAAAACAUAUAAAAACCAUACAAUAGUAGAGCAAAAAAAAAAAACAGACAAAAAAAGAAGCUAAAAAACACAUCCAAUAUUCCAUAUCUUUACCUUUCCUUAACUUAUUUCAUCGACCUCCUCACACCUCCCUUUUUUUGUAUUCUAGUUCAAUUCACUAUUUCAGCAAGUUCUUCCCAUCUUUCUCAAUUUUGAUUCUGUAGUUUUAACGAAUUAACCUUAAAUUUUUUCAAUUUAACCCAAUGUCAAUCAACUUUUACUUAAUUCUUUGUUGCAUUUCUACUAAAACCAUGUUAAUUCAUUCCCGCAUCCCUCUAACACUCAUUAAUUUUACAAUGUUUCUGUAAGUAUACUUUAAAUUUUUUCCAAACUUCUUCCACCGACUCAGACAGGAAGAUGUUUUGGGCCAGCACUGCUAUGUUCUUAAAAGCCACAAUAUAUCAGUCAAAAAUACUACAAAUUCUGUGACAAAAAAUCAAAACUCUUAGUUUAUGAACUAAUAAGAAAUUCUAGAAAUAUAUCACGUGUAUUCAAGGACAGGGAGGAAAACACCUUUCGAAAGAAGGUUGGUGGGCGGGAUGUAGAGGCUUUUACAAUGAAAUAUAUAAAUAUAAAGUAACAUAUAAUAUGCAAAUUAGCAGUUAUCUCAGUGAAGUAAAUCUAAAACCCCUGGACAGAGAUCAAUGAAGUUAUCUAUGUGAAUCUAUAGCAGAAAAUGAAGUAGGAAAAAUCCCCUUAAAUUAAAACCUGCAAACGCCCCAGGAUUAGAUGGCUUCACCUCCUUUUUUUUUUUUUUUACAAAAUGUUUAAGGAGCAAGUUUCCUAAAAUGGGGAGGCUAUUCAACUUUAUGCUCUGGGGGUGUCAAGUACCUGCCACUUGGAAGGAAUCGUAGGUGAUUGAAUUUCAGAAACCUGAGACAGAUGCCAUUUUUGUAUACUAGUAUUGACCUAUACCACUAAUUUAAAAAGAUGCAAAGAUUUUUAGGAAACUUUUGGCAGACGGGUUGACAUCCACUUCUCUUAUCCACAAUUGUAGACACAGAUCAAGUAGACUUUGUUAAGGAGCAGCAUAUAGCUGAUCCUAUUAGGAUAUUAAUGCAAUCUACCUGGGGCAGGGGGAACCAAGAAAAGUAACACUGAUAGUAUCAUUCUAGAAAAGCAUUUGACAGUUUGGGCUGGGAGAAUUUAUUCAGCUUGGUUCAGAAACUUCAGGUAGUGCAGAAUUCGGUGACCGGGUUGUUCGCUGGGGCAAGGCAGUUUGAGCACAUUACACCAAUCCUGGUCUGACUGCACUGGGGACCAGUUAGCUUCUGGUCCCAUUUCAAAGUGCUGGUUUUGACAGAGCCGUAAAUGGUUCAGGACCACAAUACCUCAAGGACUGCCUCUCCCCAUAUAAACCUACCCUGAGAUCAUCCUCUGAGGCCCUUCUUUGUGUGCCUCCUCCCCUCAAGGUCCUCAGGGUGGCAACACAAGAAGAGGCCUUUUCUGCAAUGGCUCCCUACCUGUGGAACACUCUCCCCAGGAAGAUUCGACUGGCGACUUCAUUAUACACCUUUAUGCACCAGAUUCUGUGAAACUAGUUGCUAGAAAUCAGCCUUGGGCUGAUUUACACAUGACGCCCUUUUAAAGUGUGUUGUGAGAGGGGGGAUUAUUUGUUUGCUUUUGUUCUUAUUUUUAUUAUGUGCUUUGCAUUUUCUAUAUUGUCAUUUUGUGUCGUGGACUGCCCUGAAAUCUAUGGGUAUAGGGCAGUAUACGGAAUUAAUUAAUUAAUUACCGUAUUUUUCGCUCUAUAAGACGCACCAGACCACAAGACGCACCUAGUUUUUGGAGGAGGAAAACAAGAAAAAAAUUAUUCUGAAUCUCAGAAGCCAGAACAGCAAGAGGGAUCACUGCGCAGUGAAAGCAGCAAUCCCUCUUGCUGUUCUGGCUUCUGGGAUAGCUGCGCAGCCUGCAUUCGCUCCAUAAGACGCACACACAUUUCCCCUUACUUUUUAGGAGGGGAAAAGUGAGUCUUAUAGAGCAAAAAAUACGGUAAUACUAUAUCCGUUAUUAGAAAAGUUGUAAUUUCCCACAAUAUUUGUAACUGUUUUGAAAAACCUGUUUGAGAAUUCUCAGAGAACUAUCAGACUUAACGGACAGGACCCCCCCCCCCCCAAGAUUCAGUAUACAGAGUGGUACCCUUUGCCACCCCUGCUUUUUGCCAUAUCCCUGGACUCUUUGGCUACCAAAGUUAGGGGAGAUGAUUUGAUUAAAGGAGUAUCAGUGGAAGGAGUGGAACAAAAGCUUAACCUAUUUGCAGAUGAUAUCAGGGUUAGAAAAACCAAAUAUAUCCUUACCAAAUGUUCUUGAAGACGUUUUGUUAAGGUGAAAUCUCGGGAAUGGGAUCCAUCUACAAAAAGUCAGAGAUGUUGCCUUUCAAUAUCGCACAACUGGAUAAAUUGCGCCAUAACCAAUCCAAAAUUAAAUUGUGCUAAAAGCAAAUAAAGUAUCUUGGAGUAAUGAUUACAAAAAGUUGGAAACAGUUAAAGAAAAAGAACAAUAGGCCUUUCAUCAAAUACAUAUAAUUAGAUCCCUCAAACUGGCAACAUAGUUGGGAACGGUCACUACUGUACAAAUAAUUAUCUUACCUAAGUUAAAAAUGUUAUUCCAAGUCCUUCCUUUCUGUACUGAUCUGCCUGCUUUUGAAAGAUUUUAGAAUCUCUUAAUUUAAUCAUCCAAGCAAGCAAGACUGCCAACAUAUACAAAUCGACAUAUUGGCGGGGGUGGGGAGCAUUCCACCAAAUUUAUGACGCAGCCCAUGUAUGAAAUGUAAUUCUAAUGAUGAAACAGACCUCUCACAUUUGUUGUCAAUUUAUUUUAAAUCCCUUGGCUGUAGCACAUCUCUGACUUUGAAAUUAUGGUCACUCUCUGAUCUCCCCAAUUGCUCCUUUCUGUUACCAUCCCUUGUUCUUACAUCAAAAGAAAAGAAAUACAGCCCAAUGGUUAUAAACAGAAGGGAUUGCACACGAUAAGAUACCUUUACAGAGAUUUAAAAGCUCUAACAGGAGCCCAAGGAAAAGAAAAACUGGGAGAACUGGAAACAAGCUGGCUGCCCAUACAUCAACCUGCACGUUCCUUGGCUAAUCACACAGUUCUUUCUCAAGCAAAUAGACUGUUAAAGCCCAUUGAACAAUUAAUUUUAAGUUCAGUGUGACCUCCCAAGACUCCCCCCCCCCCUAGUAUUUAUAUGAUUAUUUGUGACCUGAUGAGAAGUUUAACCUGACUGAAAACAAUAUGGGAAAUUGUGAAAUUAAUUCUCAAGAUUGGCAAAAUGUUUUUUAUUUUUUGAUGGGAGGGUUAGAGCUUUAAAUCAGUAACUGCUAAAAGCAGAUAAUAUUUUUAUGGUUUUCAUGUUUGGAAUAGUGUGUGUGUAUGGAAUAUUGACCCCCCCAUAAAAAUAAUUGUAUUGGUCACUGAUGCUCCUGUGGGAGGAAGGGUGAGAUAUAAAAUUAAUAAAUGCAAUAAUAAACACCGUACUUGAAAGGGUUGCAGGCUUUAAGUCAGUGGUGGAACUAUUGGCUCUCCAGAUAUUGAACUGCAGCUCCCAUUAUCCCUGUCCACUCAGCUGCUACCUGGAUCAUGGGAAGUUGAGUCUAACAACUUUUAGAUUGCUCCUUGUGGAUUUAAGUGUUUUUACAAUGGGGUGGGGAAGCCUGUCUGGUGCAAUUUGAGAGCAAGGUUGAAGUUUUCAUUGCCGGGCGCUGAUGACCAUCUCUCUCUCUCUCUCUCUCUCUCUCUCUCUCUCUUUCUUUCUUUCUUUCUCUCUCUCUCUCUCUCUCUCUCUCUCAGCACCAGGUUAUGAGCCUCCAUGAAUACGAGGAGACGCCACGGCUCUAGAAACACGGAGCAGGGCGUUUACCUGGGACCUUCCCAGACGCAAGUUCUGCCCCCGCUCACUGCCACCCCUGCCCCAAGCCCAGUUGCGCCACCUCCUCCACAGUGGGACACCAUGUCAUGUCAAGAUCGCACCCAGGAAUUUCUCUCCGCCUGCAAGUCCUUGCAGAGCAGACAGGUGAGGGCCACUGAAGGCUGAGUUGGAGGCAAGCGGAUUUGGAUAGACCUAACUCUUGCGGCCAGUGUGCAGAACUCCUGCAAUUACACCUCUCUAGGCUGGGGGCCUGAUAGAGACAGCUGUAAAUCAAGGCAUGGGAAUGGGUGGAGGAUGCCCUGAGCCUGUCACAUGCGCUGUUCCCGAUGUUAACUAAGGGCCAAGUGAGAUGAGACAUUAACAGCAAUUAAUGUGCAUGAUUUGUGUGCGUGCGUGAGAGUAAUUGAAUGAAUGGGAGUGUGUGAGUGAAGCAUGGCCUGGAUCCCAGGAAAGGGGAGUUUCACUUUCCCUAAUUUUCUUGGUGCUGAUGAAAAUCCACCAGGGGCACCUCCCCUGCCCACCAAGCUUCUGUUAAGUCCCAGGAAGGAAGUUUCCAUUGCCACAAAUGGAGACUUUCCUCUCAGUGCCUUUUCUAGUGUUUAACGUCACGUUAUGUAAUUGUGAUUUUUAAAAACCUGUUUUAUUGUUAAAUUUGUACACCUCAUUGAGAAUGCUUAUAACAGGAUACUGGGAUUAUUUUAUUGGGUAUUUUAAUUAUGGGUGUUUCACAUUGUAAUGUUUUAAAUGGGAUUGUUUUGUUGUGUAUUUUAACGAUCAAUCUUUAUAUAUGUUUUGUUUGCGUAACUGGCCUUUAUACAGCAAUAAUAUGUAGUAUAUAUAGUGGUAACUUGAUACUUGAACAGCUUGGCUGCUGAACAAAUCAGCUCCUGAGCAAAUCGGUUCCCGAACUCCGCAAACCCGGAAGUAAGUGUUCCGGUUUGUGAAUGUUUUUCGGAAGCUGAACUUCUGACAUGGGUUCCGCUUGAGUGCAGGAAUCUCCUGCAGCCAAUCAGAAGCUGUUCCUUGGUUUUCAAACAGUUUCGGGAGUCGAACGGACUCCCAGAAUGGAUUAACUUCGAGAACCAAGGUACCACUGUAAGUAAUUUUAUAAGCUUAAGUGGCAGGUUGAUUAUUGUUAACGUUAUCGUCACCAUAAUCAAUUUAUGAUUGCAUUCUACACUUAUUGUCAAUGCAAUGUAUAACAAAACCAGCAAAAUAACCAGAUAAAACACAAAACCCAGCAGAUACACUUAAAACAAAACUGAAACUAUACCCCCCAAAAAAGACACUCGUGGCAUAGAUCCAUUUCUCCAGUGGAGAAAGCCUGUUGGAGCAAAAAUGUCUGCUAUUGGAAAGUACUGGAAAGUACAGAUAGCGGGGCAUCAUUGUAUCCUGAAAGGAAUGCCAUUCCACCAACACGGGCAGCCACCCUAAAAGCCCUGCUCUGAGCUACUGUGGGGUGGGCUUCUGAGAUCUUUAGAACUUGCAGAAGAAAUUCUCCCACAGACUGCUGGAAUUUCCUGGGUACAUAAGGUUGGCAUCUAAAAAUGCUGGAGACCCCCCAAAAAUAAAGUUGCUUCUUUUUGUACCGGGCCAUUGUGUUGUUUGUUGGGAGACAGGGAGCAAAGCGUGGCUGGUAUUCUGACAGGUGUAGGUAGAUUUUUUUCCACCUGGGAGAAGUUGGACCAGUAAAAAGAGAAGUGUCCAGGGAUUACUCUUUCUUUCAUAUUUUUGUUUAUUCUUAACACAGUCUCAGUUGUCUUUCAUUUUCUUCUUUUUUCAGAAUGGGCUUCAGCCAAACAAGCCAGUGCUGAACGCCAUUCGGCAAAGAAGCGAAUUCACUGUCAUGGCCAAGUGAGUUUAUCAACCCAUCGCUUCAUGGGGACGUUUCAGGGACAUAUGAGAAUGUAGCACUGCAGGAGGAAUCCAGAGAAAUAGGUUUUCCCUAUACAGUGUUGGGAGCCCAGCUCCACAGCCAGUAAGGUCAAGCACUCAUGGCUGGUGAGAUGGCAGGUACUGGAAGCAGGGAGUAGGGGUUAAGUUGGUAAGCGGUUGGAAACAUGGAGGACAAGCUUGGAGGAGGGCUGGGGAAUCUGUGGUCCUCCAGGUGUUGCUGAACUACAGCUCCCAUCAGCCCUAGCUGCUAUGACCAACAGUUGAAGACAAUUGGAGGUUCCCUAGCCCUUGCAAGAGGUCUGUGAGAUCUCAACGAAACUUGGAAACCACAGCUGCUUCUCCUUGCUUCUCUUGCAGCAGUGGGGGGCAGGCGAUAUGCGUGGGGGCUCUGGAGAAGUGAGGAGAAGCAGUAUUGAGAGGUCCAUGAGAUCUUGCUGUGGAGUCCAGUAGCUGCAGCCACUUCUCCUUGCUUUUCUGGCGGUGGCUCCAGAGAAGUGAGGAGAAGCAACAGGGAGAUCUUGCAAGAGCUCUGUGAUAACCUGCCCGAAGCCACUACCACUUUUCCGACGGUGGGCAAGGCCUUUUGAAAAUGUGGAAUGUCGAAAUCCAGCACACAGGGGUGGUCCAACACUGUGCAUAAUAACUCCUUGCCCCUUCCAGUUUUAAGAUUUGUUAGUUUCGUGUAACUUGAACACCUGCUGAUAAAAUGAAAAUGUAGGCAAGGCGGUUGAGUUCUGCAUCCGUUGUUGUUAAUUUCAUUUUUUUUUUUUUUUGAAUAAUUUUUAUUAAGUUUCCAAUUAACAAACCAAUCUUAUCACAUUAGUUAUACCUAAUUAUACCAAUACAUAAUGCACUCCAAAUAAUUAGCCAAAUUUUAAAUUUUUGUUGGGGGUACCCAUGCUUCGAGUUCAGUAAGUUGUUGUUAAUUUCAACUCCUUGUGAUUCUCAGGCGGAUUGGGAAGGACCUCAGCAACACUUUUGCCAAGCUGGAGAAGCUAACAAUCUGUGAGUAUUUGGAGUGUGGAUGAAGCUGGAGCCUACUGUGGGGAGUGGGAGAAACCGAUCCACAUCACACCGUUACUGGCUGAGUUUUGACUUGUCAUUUGAUGUAGAUGAAAAGCUGGGGAGGUGUUGGGAUGCCAGGGGAGUGGUGUACACAGUGGUUGACACAGAAUGCUGUGCUUGGACGAAGGCAGGGAGCUGGGCUGAGAGCAACUGUGGCACCUUAGCUUGUCCUGUCUAGGACAAGCUUCCACUUCCAUAACGUGGAAGUCACAAGUGAAGGGAGAGGGGCCGGGCUUGGUUGGUGAGAAUGGGAGUUAAUAUAGAGGGCUGGGAGCCUCAGGGCCUCGUGAUCUAACCCUCAGGACUGUACCCAGUUCAUCUCUCCCCUUAUGGGCCUUACUUCAAACCUACCUUGAGUGUUUCUGCCUGGGCUGUGUCCUUUAGCUCUGAUAACACCUCUUGCCUCCUUGAACCAAAGGCAUAGGGAGGUGUGUGUGCAGAAACUAUCCCACUCUACAAAGGUUACAUUGAUCUGCCUGUUUUUGCUUCUGGUCCCACCCACCAUGUGGCAUGUGGCUCCUGGAAGGUUGCCCAGAGGGGAAUGUGGCCCCCAGACUGAAAAUGGGUUAAUGCGCUACACUUUUCUGUAUCUUCAGUGGCCAAGCGGAAAUCUCUGUUUGAUGACAAGGCGGUGGAGAUUGAGGAGCUGACUUACAUCAUCAAGCAGGUGAGCUAGAGGGCCUCCUCUGUCCUGCUCCUCCUUUGGCUGCCUUCGCUUUUCAUUCCGUUGCAUCACUUGGAAUGGCCAUUGGACGGGGAAGGAAAGCCAAGCAAGUGCCAGAGAACGUGGGAGGCAGCACUGUGGUGUGUCAUGCUUGCUGGUUGCCACCUCCUCCUCCACCUCCAAGCUCUCUUAAAGGGGCAGUCUCCUGAUUUAGCGCCUCUUGGCAACCUCAUGUUGCCUCUUCAGGCAGUUCCUCUUUCUCUCUCUCUCAACAGGACAUCAACAGCCUGAACAAACAGAUCGCACAGCUGCAAGAGUUUGUCAAGGCGAAAGGCAGCCAGAGUGGGAGGCACGUGCAAACUCACUCCAACACCGUGGUGGUGUCACUGCAGGUCAGGCCUGAGGCAGAGGGUUGAAAAAAUGCAAGCCUAAAAGUUUGCGGGCCUUAAUGUCUUCAGAGCCAGAGGGCUUCCCCCAUCCCAAAAGAACAGGACUUGGGUACUGUAGAUAGCUCAUUUCCCCCCCACAACUCAGAAGCAAUAGAAUAAAUUCUGACAGCUUGGAAAAUAAUAUGCAUAAUUUAUUCAGCUUGCAGAAGUCAUCUUUUUUUCUGGAUGCAGAAUUUGGAGGUAUACUGUUCAUGCAUCCCUGCUUGCCUUUUGGAUAUUUUGGGAUUAGCAGCAGUGACAGGGUCUGGAUGUGGGAAUAGGUUUUCUCUGGCCAGAGAGGGUGGCAGGAAGGUCAGAUUUUGCCUUCCUCACUCUUCUUCCCUUCCCUUCUUUUCCAGUCCAAGUUAGCCUCCAUGUCCAACGAUUUCAAGUCUGUUCUGGAGGUGCGGACAGAGGUAAGUUGCUUGUAAGCCACCAAUAUCAAACUUUGCUAAAGUGAGCUUCCGUCGUUUUAGCUGCCUCACACAACAUAUGGCAGCUCUUGACUACACCCCCCCACCCUAUAAACACAAUUAUAAAAUGAAUGCGUUAUCAACCCUGAUCAAAGGCAAAAGCAAAUGGAGACUGCCUAAAUUUGAACCUUUGUUAUCUAUAUUGUUAUCCCUUGUUUGGAGAAAAAUGCACUAAAAAAAAGCGGAAACCACAGUGUCAAGUUUCCAUGAGAGGUGGUGAAAAGUCUGUGUAAAUUGUACAACCUACAACCUUAUGGAUCACCACCACUAGAUGUGAAGCAAGCUUGGGAAACCUUUGGGCCUCCAGAUGUUGCUGAAGUACAACUCGCAUCAGCCCCAGUGGCCAUGGAUGAUGUAGUUCAAGCAAUGUCUGGAGAGCCAAUGUUUCCCCACACCUGGAGGAGCUAGUGAUAUUAUGCAAUGGGCAAUGGGAUGAUAGGGAAACUUUAACUUGUGCACAUUAAGACCCACCGGCCUGAGUGCCUUGAUUGCUUGGCCUGCCCUAACCCUCCCAACUUCCUUCCCCAGAACCUUAAACAGCAGAAGACUCGACGAGAACAGUUCUCCCGCCCCCCGGUCUCCGCCAUUCCCCUCGCCGCAAGCAAUCUAGGUGAGUCGGAGCAGGGAGUCCCCUGGUGCCAGAGGGAACUGGAAAGUGGUGCUGCAGGUACCCCAUUGAAGGAGGGAAGGUGGGGUUGAAAUGAGGUGGGGGAAGCAGUCUGACCUCGCUGGCUGAUGUCCACAGGUGGCUCCGCUAUGCUUCAGGACGAACGACGGCACUCGGGGGACGUGGCUAUUGACAUGGACAACCGGGCCAGCCAGCAGCUGCAACUCAUCAACGAGCAGGUGCCUUGGCAGGGGGAGUGGGUGGGCCUGCAGACGUUUGCACUAAAAAUAAGGGGUGUGAAGCAAUGGGAGAGGCUGACUGGCUUUAUUUCGGGUGUUGUCAUUCUUUAGCUUCCCAUGGUUGAGCUAUAGGAUAAGAAACAUCUGUCUACAAACAAAAGCACUCAUGAACAUUCAUGUCCCUGGUGGAACUCCCUGUUUCUUCUGAGCAGCUUUGCCCUCUCUCCUUUGGCAGCCUUGCUAAUUGUAGCCUAUUGGCUUGGGGGAGCCUGUCAGAAUUGAACUGUCUGCUACUUGCAUAGCCUUCCUUUGGGUUCUCACAUCACACUAACGCAGGGAUGGGGAGCCUGGUGCCUGCAAGCUGUUGUUGGGACUCCAAUCCCCAUCCUUCCCAGUCAUUAUGGCCAGUAGUAAUGAGAGUUUUACUUCCAAGACCACCUGGAGAGCCUGACAGGUUUCCAACCCCUGUCCUAGACACACAUCCCAACCAGUCAGGGAUCAAAUAUUAAAUGAACUUACAGAGGCAUGAAGCAAAGAUAGAGGCUGUGGCCUUCCAGAUGUUGUUUAACUUGAGUUCCCAUCACCCCCAGUCAGCAUAGCCAGUGGUUAGGGAUGAUGGGAGUUGUAGAUGGGAGUUGUCGCCAAAAACACCUGGAGGGUACCAAGCUGCCGAAGGCUGCUCUGUAUCAUCAGUAUUGACCACCACAUGGCUUCCUUGCAGUUGUGCCAUAUCCACAGAUCUGCCUGGUAACAGUGGUACAGAAAAGAGAGCAGGCAGUCAUAGAAUUGUAGAGUUGGAAGGGACUCUAAGGAUCAUCUGUUCCAAACCCCUUGCCCACAUCACCCGUUCCUCUUUUGUAGGAUACGUACAUCCAGAGCCGGGCAGACACCAUGCAGAACAUCGAGUCUACUAUCGUGGAGCUGGGCUCCAUAUUCCAGCAGUUGGCGCAUAUGGUUAAAGAACAAGAGGAGACCAUCCAGAGGUAGUGGGCAGGGGAGAAAAGCUCUGUUCCUCUCGAGGCAGCCAGCGGAUUGCAGCACAAGGGUUGUUUGGGAGGAGGCUUGUGGGGAAGAGCCUGACUGCUGGAUCAGGCCCACCAAGUCCAGCUUCCUGUUCCCUCCUUGGCAAGCUGGGCCUGAGCGCAGCAGCGACUCUCCUUCCCACUUGUGAUUCUUAGCAACUGGUACACAAGGGCAAACCACCCCCAACAGACAGAGAUGACCCUUAGCGGGGCGACUCACAAAUGUUGGGUUCAUCGCUUGACAACUGCAGCCAGCAACCAGCUGCUGCAAAUCAAAAGGGGUGGCGUUACACUGGCCUGAUACGUGCAAAAUGCACUGUAUGUUAUUUCAUUAAGAAUCCUGGGAGGCAACUUAGUGUUGCUGUUUCCAUAGGUCUAGUUACAGGUAGGUAGCCGUGUUGGUCUGCCGUAGUCGAAACAAAAUAAAUUCCUUCCAGUAGCACCUUAGAUACCAACUAAGUUUGGGCUUUCGUGUGCAUGUGUGUGUAUCUGAAGAAGUGUGCAUGCACACAAAAGCUCAUACCAAUAACAAACUUAGCUGGUCUCUAAGGUGCUACUGGAAGGAAUUUAUUUUGUUUCCAUAGGGUUAUUCCUCCUCCCCUAGAGGCAAGAAGCAAGCUGGCAGCUCCUCCUGAAGGCUUCACCUGCCCUUUCCCCCCCUUUUUUGCCAAUCCUGUAGAAUUGACGCCAACGUGGAAGAUGCUCAGCUUAAUGUUGAAGGCGCCCACACGGAGAUCCUGAAAUAUUUCCAGUCCGUCACAUCCAAUCGGUGGCUGAUGGUGAAAAUCUUCCUCAUCCUUAUUGUCUUUUUCAUCAUCUUCGUGGUGUUCCUGGCCUGAUGGUGGAGGCGGCUCAACCGCCCACCACCAGCUCCUCCUCCUCCUGCAAGAGCCGCGUUGGGACGCUGGACUCUUCUGUUCUCUUUGUAGCCGGCCUGGGGGCAGAGUCAUCACUGCUGCCCACCAUGUGCCUGGUGCCGAAAGGGGGCCCAUCCUCGCUCAUUUGUGACUCUCUCUUUUUUGGCUGCGGCUCUCGGCCUGGAGCGGGGGCCACCCCAAUCGGAGUGCAAUAGCAUUUGGACUACGCUGUGAAGGGCUCUGCCCCAACAAACCCCCUUCUGCUCCCCAGAUGGGAUACAAUCCAAUGUGGGGGCAUGUCUGUAUGUAGCGGGACCAGGAUCUUGCAUCUCUUCCCCUCCUCUGUUCUAUAUAUUUGCCCUUCCCCUUUGGGACUAAACAAAACAACAACACACUAACAGAACCCCUCCCUUCCCCUUUUAAAAUAUUACUGAUACAUUGGUGUGAGGUUUCAACUUCCCAGCACGGGCUCCCUCUCACAAUUUGUUGGGGAGGCAGCUGUAUCUCUAAAGUUGCAAGGCUUCUCUUGUCUUUUCCAGAGGGCUGUGGGCCUGAUAGGGGUUUCUCCCCACUCCCUGUUUUCUAUAUUUAAGUUUCUUCCUUGCUGCUGCCUAGGCAUAGAGAGCUCCUGUGUGCAAGGAAGGUUCUCUGAGUCUCCCGUUUUAGACAGAGGCAAAUCAAGAGGCAGCCUUCCUCGUUGCGUCUCCUGCUCAAGGGAGAGAUUUCUCACUGUGGCUAAUUUAGGCAGACCAAAUAUGUUUCCCCCUGUGGCUCCGAUCCUCCUGGCUGACGGAAGUCAGCAGGGCUUGGGCAGAGACACUGACGCCUCUUUUAGUUGCCAGGCACCCUACCUCUCCCUCUCUGAAAACAGAUCUAACUCUCUAGUGCCUCCUCCCUGCUGUCAAACGGUUCAGGCUCACCCCCCCCCAAAAAAAAAAAGAAGUGGAGAAAGUGUCCUUGCUACCCCAACCUUACUAAUCAUUAUAAGCUAGUUGCUACUGAUAUAACUGCUAAGCUCUAAUCCUUCUCUUCCCCUGCCCCAACCUCUUUUUCGUUAGUAGCCUAUGCUAAGGCCAUUUCAACCCCCUGGCCUGGUUAUGGUGGCUGAGCAGGAACCCACCUUAAUGUCACCACCACACCUCCUUUUUUGUUUUUAGGUGGGUGGGAUUUUGCCCACCCCCCACCCCUCCCCAGUUGCAAUGGCCUUAACAUUCCACUGUCAGUUUCUCCUGUGCCCUUUCAGAUGAACGGGGGGGGGGGGGUAGGGGGAACCUGCUUGUCUGUCAUUAACCAGUGUGAGAUGGUGGUGCUACCCUGUGAUCUAGAAGAGAGAGUAGCACCGGCUCUUGCCUGAAAGCUAUUUUUUAAAAAAGCUUUACUUUAAAAACAACAACAACGGAGUCUUCUGCCCAUUCUGUUGCUGGCACACUAGCCUGGAUUGCGAACACUUUUAUCUGCUUAUGCCAGCCUGGGCCAAGCUGGUACACGCCAGCGUAUUGUGGGCCACAGCUCCCAUCUUCCCCAGUCAGCAUGAGUGGCUGGGGCUGAUGGCAGUCGUAGUCUUAAAAACCCCGGAGUGCAUCAGCUCGUCCACGGCUAGCUUAACACUUUGCCAAGAUUAGCUCCCCAGUCUGUGUUGCAAUUAAAAUCUACAUGAAGAUACAGCAUAAAUGAGUGGGGUGCAGUUUCUUCUGGGCCUUGGCCACUGGUCGUACAGUCCAUCUUCCCAGCUCUUCCUUCCAGGGGAAUGUAGCAGAAAGAGCUGCGGCGGGAGGUUCUGGCUGAGAUUUUUCCGGCCCCUAAGGAAGCUCCUUUGUGCAAGUCAGGCGAGUUGGUUAAUUUAACUUGGUACUGAUUCUGCAUCCAACACUGGCUUGCUUGGCUCUCAGGCAGAGGUCUGUCCUAGCAGAGGCAUUAGAAUCCAGCUCUCCCUUGCCAAACAAGUAUAGUCAGCAGGUGUUCUUCCUGAUUGAAAAUGCUCAGAAUAGCGCCUAUCUUUUAUUGGUUGAAUUUGCUUAGAUUGAAUUCGACCCACCCUCCAGAUAUUGGGCUCCCCUCUGCCCCAGCCAGUGAGGCCAAAGGUCAGGGAUGAUGGGAGUUGUCCAUACAGAAAUAUCUGGAGGGCUGUUUGUUACCCUUGAACUACCAGGUGUGGCCAACUCCCAAGAGAUUGUGAUCUACUUUCAGAAUUUAAAACUGGCAGUGAUCUAGCCCCGGUUUUGGAGGGUUCUGAUCAAAUUUGUUGAGCUUUUUUGGGGGGAGCCUAAGCUUUUUUUGGGGGGGGGAGAGCUGCCAGGAUCUACCAGUGAUCUUCCACAGACAUCCGGUCAUCUACCAGUAGAUCACGAUCUACCUGUUGGACGUGCCUGAACUAGACAGUGUUGCUGCAGGCCAAUCUACACAGGAUCCUUGAGUUAUAUUGGUGGGCGGAAGCGGAGAAAGAAAGCAUGACAGAACAUCAAUAGCAGGCCGGAAAAUAUUGCAGCUUUGACUGGGAGCUCCAGGUGGGUGGAAAUUAGGUCAUGAUUUUAUGAGUCUCCAACUUAGACUAUGUAAGGUAAGGCCUUGGAAACAUCAAUUUGCCAUCCUGCUGGGAGAAGCUGUGUAAUCCCUUCCUCACCCCGGGGUGUAGGGACCUAGAUGCAGAGCCAGGGCUUGGCUUUGUGCCUGCAGUCACCACUGAGCGAUGUGAAGUCAUAACUUCUGAGCAUGGGGCGAGUGCAAUUCCUACAGGUACACCUUAAAUAACCACCCCAUACACAGCUCUUCCCUAUCUAAGCGAAGGAGAAUGCUCUUGCUACAAGAGCAAUUCUCACUUUAGAAACAAAGUACUGUGGUUUUUUUUAAAGGCACAAAGAUAAGCUCAGCAUGGGAGGGAGAGAACAUUUUCAGUUUUGUCUUUAGGCAGCAGGUGGGCACUACGAAUUGCUCAUAGUCCUUGAGUCUUGUGAAAGACUCAAGAGGAUGUGUGUUGGAUAAACCUCACCACAGAUGAAAGUACAGUGGUACCUCGGGUUACAUACGCUUCAGGUUACAGACUCCGCUAACCCAGAAAUAGUACCUCGGGUUAAGAACUUUGCUUCAGGAUGAGAACAGAAAUCGUGCUCCGGCAGCGCAGUGGCAGCAGGAGGCCCCAUUAGCUAAAGUGGUGCUUCAGGUUAAGAACAAUUUCAGGUUAAGAACGGACCUCUGGAACGAAUUAGGUACUUAACCUGAGGUACCACUGCAGUAAGAGUUACACCACUGCGAUCUUUAUUGGCCUGCUUUGUAUAAGGUGGUUUUUCACUUAAAAUCUACAAUGCAAAAAUAUAGGGAACUUUUAGCAUUCUAGAUGCUGCUGGAUUACAAAUUUCAUCAUCCCUGAGCAUUGGCCAUGCUGCCAGAGGCAGAUUUACAUUAUUUUUAUGCCUCUUUUACAUGUUUCCUUUUAACUCAGAGGCCCCCAAAGCAGCAAACGGAAUAUGAAUACAAAAGAGAAUGCAAUAAAAGUAC